UGCGCCUAUGUGCAAAACCACCUUCCAAACAAUUUCCGCGCACCUCCUCCCCAUCCUCCGCCUUGCCACGGUCGUUCGCGGUCCCGCUCCGGCAACCCACCCAAUGGCCGCCGCCGUCCCCAACGGCCACCCCACCGCCGCCAUCGACGAGGCGCCCCCGACGCGGCCUUCUUCGUCGUCGUCGCUGGUGUUCCUGGGCACGGGGUGCUCGAGCGCGGUCCCGAACGCGCGGUGCCUGAUCCAGCCCCCCGACCCGCCCUGCCCCGUCUGCUCCCAGUCCCUCUCCGUCCCGCCCGAGCUAAACCCUAACUACAGGUGCAAUACAUCUCUUUUGAUUGACUAUUGCCAAGAUGAAGGUGCUCACAAAUAUAUUAUAAUAGAUGUUGGGAAGACAUUCCGAGAACAAGUUCUGCGAUGGUUUGUUCAUCACAAAAUCCCUUGUGUUGAUUCCAUUCUUCUGACUCAUGAGCAUGCAGAUGCAAUCUUAGGUCUUGAUGAUAUCCGGGUUGUACAGCCAUUUAGUCCCACAAAUGAUAUUGAUCCAACCCCAAUUUACCUCAAUCAAUUCGCUAUGGACAGCAUCUCCAAAAAGUUCCCUUACUUGGUCAAAAAGAAACUAAAGGAAGGGGAGGAGGUCAGGCGAGUUGCUCAACUUGACUGGAGAAUAAUUGAGAAUGAUAUUCAGAAACCAUUUACAACUUCAGGGCUAGAGUUUGUUCCCUUGCCGGUGAUCCAUGGUGAAGAUUACAUUUGUUUGGGUUUCCUUUUCGGUAGAAAAUCUAAAGUUGCUUACAUAUCAGAUGUUUCACGGUUUCCUUCAAGCACAGAAUACGCAAUUUCGAAGUCUGGAGGAGGCCAACUGGAUUUACUCAUCUUGGAUUGCCUAUACAGGACAGGUUCUCACAACGUGCACCUUUGUUGGGACCAGACACUAGAUGCUGUUAAGAGGAUUUGCCCCAAAAGAGCAUUGCUCAUUGGGAUGACUCAUGAGAUGGACCAUCACAAGGACAACAAAACAUUGGAAGAAUGGUCCAGAAGGGAGGGGAUAGAUGCGCAGUUAGCUCGUGAUGGCUUGCGUGUCUACAUUGAUCUGUAACUGUGAAAGGAUUCAGGACCAUUGCAUACUCAGUGACCUGCACCAGGUUCCUGUUGCUGUUAACAUUCAGAGCCUCAGAAGAAAGUACAAACUGACUAAAAUGGCGAAAAUUUCUUUGGUGCACCAAUCUUCGUGCAAAACCAGUAGAUAUAGUAGAAUCUUUCUAUUAUAUAUCUCUAUAGUCUAUACUUGAUUUCGAAUUAAAAAAGGUAAAGCAGCAGUUUCAGUAUCCCUGAAAAAUCAGUCUUUGUCGAUCUAUUUGGCAAGGUACUCGAAUGUUCUUUUCGAUUGGAAACUACACUACACUAAAUGUAUCUUCAUGUCUUUAUCCAACCGGUUGCGAGUAAUGUCUUGGAGAGAAGCGUGGAUCCGAUCGAAUGAGUAUGUAAAUUCUGUACAAGCUUUUUUAGGCAGCUUCGUCGAAGAAUAUUGGAGUCUUUUAUGUAUGGGCUUCGUAAAGAACCUUGCUUGUAAGAAGCGCAUUGAUGACUGUAUAUAGGAGUCUAAACUGAGACCAAAGGUGGUGGUUUUUUGCGAUGUUCACUACGAGAAGGAGAUGAUUUUAAUGUGUUUGUCGUAGGAAAGAA